GAAAAACAAGUCAGCGCACGUCAAAAUUGGACAACAACCCUUUCCUUAAAACUGGUUUCAGUAAUUGACACCUUUUUCGAAGAAAAACUUUGCAAAACUGAGAGAUAUUCGUUUUCUUAAGUGAAAGUAAGUACAGAAUCGGCGGUUAAGGAUGGGCUCUGAAACAUUUUCUUACACCAUGGAAGCUCAAAAGUGUAGCAGCAGUUUGCAGGCAGCAGUCUAAGAGGAUGCUGCGCUUCCUAGCUACCAACAAGAGUAAAGCUGUGAAGAAUGGGUGGUGCCGGUGUUGGCAGAAAUGUCAGAGAGCUAGCUAGACUAGUUAUAUUAGUUGAGGGGGAAAGGCAUUCAAACACUUUUCUCAGAGUUUGAGAAAUUGUUUGUGUGGAAUUUGGAGGACAUUUUGAUAGUAAACUAUACAGUAUUAAAAAAGAACAAAGAAGCUGAUGGACUGCAGAGAAAAAGUGCUGUGUGGGACUGGGGAGGUGGAGCUGGACCCAAACAUUGUCAGUGAGGAGGCAGGAAAACUUUAUGCAGAACUUCAAACUGUUAUUGAGACCUAUGGGGAAGGUGUGGUGGAGUCCCUGGUGCCCACAUUUGUGUGGGUCCUGGAGGGGCUGGCCAACUUUAAAAACCAGCUGAGGGAAAGGGAGGAGGAGGCAGAGAGGGAGAAAGCCGAGCGAGAGGAGCUGCUGGAGAGAUACCAAGCAGAGAAAGCUCUGAGGAAAGAAAGUCAGGAGAAAUAUCUAGAAUUGGAUGACCAGUUCGAACAAGAGAGGAGAGCCAUGAGGGGGAGGGAGAAGGAGAGGGAGAUGCGAGAGAGAGCUCUGGAGAAGAAGGCAAGACAGCAGGCUGAUCAAGUGGUGGCCUUGGAGGAGCAAAAGGCAAACCUUUCUAGAGAGCUGAAUACGCUGAGAAAUGCUCACAACAAGUUGACCAACUUGUAUCGGGAACUUCUGGAUAAAAGGAAGGACUCUGAAAGGGAUUCUCCUCUAAGGAAUCACAUUCAUUCCAAGAACACAGACUCUCCAUCUCAGCAAUUGUUAUCUGCUCCCAUUGUUAAUGAGAAGAUUGUUCAGAGACCACAUUCAAACUCUGGUCCACCUGUUCUUGAAGCUUUAGUGACUAAGGAAGAAAAAGUAAUUGAUUUUACUGUAAAACCUGCUACGGAUCAGUUUGUCAUCGACAUAAUAAGCUCAACACCUGAGCUGACACGGUUUCACGGCUGUGUAAAAGCAAGCACCCCUGCAAAAUCUCAAACCGACGAGACGCUGAAAGAUGAAGUAGAGAGGAGCCUGGUGGAUGAGAUGGGUAACUUGGAUGAGCUGCAGGUGGGAGAGAUAAAGAGAGAAGAAAAGGAGGAAAAGAACCAGGAGGAGGAGGAAAAAGGGGAUGAGAUGGAUGAGGAGGACAGCGUGGAGUGGGACCUCCGCAACACAGACUCUGUGUUCUCCGAACUGUCAGAACUGAGUCGAGAUUAUUUAGAGAGCGUUGACCAAGGCACCAGCAUUAGAGGCAGUGGCGAUCAGUUUGAGGAGAUUCUUGCCCAGUUUGAGGAAUUGAAAGUCCUCUAUGAGUCAGUUGAAGCUGCUCGUAAGGCUCUGAUAUCCCGGGUGGUCGAGCUGACCGACGAUCGCUCUGCCCUCAACCUGGAAGUGGCGACACUUCAGGAAACGGUGGCACAUGUGGAGGGACGGCUGAAGGAGAAGGAGGAGGAAAUCAGGAGACUCAGGACAGAGCUGGACAGGUGCCAGCCUGAGGAUGCUGAUGCUAGUGUGCCCACAACCAUGCGUCCCUUCUCUCGCUCCGAAAUGGCCCGUGUGGUCAUGGAGAAGAACCAGUAUAAGCAGCGUCUGUUUGAGCUACAGGAGGCUCUGAGACACAGUCAGACAAUCAGAGCAACAAAAGUGGAGAAGCUUACAGAGGAGAGAAGAUCCAGUAUUUGGAAAAAGUUCAACCGCUUGUUUGGCCUCACCAAGCAGCCACUGGUACCUCCUCCCACUUCUAAAUUUGUCCAACCAGCUUCCUCGUCACUUAACCGCUCCCCUCUGGGGUCUCCACAGCUACCAACCAUUAACAAAACCCAGGCUGAAUCUGCUGCUCCCGCUGGUGUUUCACCACGUGCGCGAAGGAGGGAACUGUACAGAGACAUCCGCUCCAACGUUUGGGAAAGCCUAGGAAAGCGGCACAUACACGGCUGGAGCUUGCCACUGGCAAACACUCGGGAGUCAGGGGAGCCUGUAUCAGAGCCUAAAGAUGUACCUGUUCUGAUCCAACUCAGACUCUUGGACCAAAGAGACUCCACUGCUAAGCUCAAUUGCGCUGUUGCAGUCACUCCUGAUAUCUCUGGAGAAGCCACAUGUUCUGUUUGGGUUGUUUCGGGUCCUGCAUCCUGCAGUGAAAUCACAGUGAUUGACCCAGCACGGUCCAACACAGUACUGGACCAUUUCAGCCUCCCUCCCACUGCCCCCGUCCUCUGCAUCUGUGCCGUGCCCCCCAUAGAAGACACAGCAGGAACUGUGUGGAUUGGAACACAGGAAGGAAGUAUCCAAAUAUAUCCAGCUUUGGCAAACCGAAGGCGCUGUGUACAAACUGUGUCUCUCUUAGAGGGUGUAUAUUCACUCACGUUCUCCAACAAUCAGGUUAUUGCCGGAUUAGCUGAUGGUAGUCUGGCAUUUUUUUCUCAAACUGCAGACGGAUGGAAUCUGCAACCUCACUCUGUGAUGCCUCUUGGAGCAAAUCAUCUGCAGCCCAUCCGCUGCUGCCUCGCAAAAGGUGCUCGUCUAUGGGUUGGAUACUGGAAUAAAGUCCAUAUUGUAGACACUGAAAACAAGAAAGUAGAGCAAGUCUUUUCCGUAUCAGAGUGCAUGGAACAGCAGGUGCGUUUCCUGUGUGCUGGGGGGAGUGGAGUUUGGACGUCCUGCAGACUUGACCCAGUUAUAAGACUGUUUGAUUGGUCAACUGGAAGGCCACUGCAAGAAGUUGACUUUACAUCUGUGGUCACUAAAACAUUAGGCCAGUCCUACGUGACACUCUCACCACUCCAGAUUUCCUCCCUCUCCAUCAUCUCUGGUCGUCUCUGGGUGGGCACCGGGGGCGGUGCCAUUUUCUCCAUCCCCCUGUCAAUAACAUCAGAGGAAGUUUCCAUCCCGUACUGUUCCACUGCAUCAGUCCAGCUCUCUUACCAUGGACACAGACAAGCUGUCCAAUUCAUCAUUCCUGCACCUGGCUGUUUGAUCACCUCUCCUGACAGCAGCCAUGUAACUACUGCUCUGCACAUCCUCAGUGGAGGGGAGGGCUACAUUAAUUUCCGAAUUGGAGAUGAUGCAAGCGAUGAAUCGAAUGAGGUGUCUCAGACGACACCACAGCGGUCUGAACGUAGUCACAUGAUCAUCUGGCAGAUUCCAACCCCCUCAGUGCCCAGCCCUGCUCUCUGACUGUUCAGCUCACAAAUCGCCGUUUGAUGGAUGAGGUGAAAGAGACAUUUACAGUACCAGAAGGGACAAUAGUGGAACUAAAUGAACAAAAAUCUCACUGUAGCAACAAUAAAAGGAUGUUUUCAGAUACGUAUUUUAUAUUUUUACAUCCUAUACCUUGCUUGUUUCCUUUGCUUUGAUUAUUGUGUCUGCCUCUCUAUAUUUUUUUUUUCUGUUUGGUCAGUUAUGAGCUUAAUAUGUUGUAUCCAUCUGAUGGACUUUUGCACAAACAAUGAUCCUGCAGAUCUUUGGUUUUCUUCAUCUG